GUCGUCCAUGGAGGUGAACGUGGACAUGCUGGAGCAGAUGGACCUGAUGGACAUGUCCGACCAUGAAGCUCUGGAUGUGUUUCUGCACUCUGGGGGAGAGGACAACAGUGCUGCGUCGCCUGUCGCAGGUCCAGAUGUCGAGUCCUUCACCACAGAGAUCAGUCUUCAGGUCCCCACCCAGGCAGAGCUCCGCCACAAGCUUUCCUCCCUCUCCUCCACCUGCACCGACUCUGCCAGCCAGGACACAGAGGCCGGGGAGGAGGAUGACGACGAAGAGGAGGAGGAGACGGAGCAGGGAGGAGGAGGUGGAGGAGGAGGUGUAGGUGUGGGAGAGAGGAGGAGGAGAAGGCCCCCUGUGGUGGUGACCCUGGAUGACGAGGAGGUGCACCCUGAUACAGCGCUGGUGGACAAGACGGAGCAAGAGGAGCGGAGCAGCAAAGACUGUGGGGAGAGCAGGUCGAAGGUUUGAGGAGACAAGGACUGGAUUCAAACACAAACACGCACACACACACAGAGCUGCGAAACAAAUCAAAGUGACGUAUAACAUGAUUGGCUUCCUUCAAAAACAUCUAAACAAUUAUACACUGAGGUUGCACUAACUGCCACAUGACCUUGCCUUAAAAGCCCACACAUGUGAGUUUUUAAUUCUAAUUGAAUCCUGUGAAUUAGCUUUGAAUUCCCUUUAGCAUUUUUAGCAUUAAAUAGCUUAACAUGAAUGCUAACACUGUAGCUUUGACCAUGCUAACAGGCUGCAGCAGUUAAGCAUUAAUAUACUGUUGCAUUAUUGAAGUAAAUUAGGGUUUUUUUCUGGUACAAAUAACUUGCAAAACAUGCAGGUUUAUGUCAGGUUUAUGUCAGGUUUAUGUUUGAUUUGAUCAUCUAACUAAAGUCUACAUAAGUAAAACAAGUUUUUAAUCACAAGUAUGGCAGAACAUCUAGUUUUGGUUAAACUAGUCCAAGUUUUAAAAUCUGUCGUCAGAUAUAUGAGCCGUUGUUGCAGUGAAAUAAAAAGAAAAAGCUGUUUUGUUUAGUCCUAAAAACCUGUGCUGACUAAGCCUGGAAUCACUAAGUUUUUAUUUGACAAAUUGGUAAGUAAUUAGCAUGCAGCCAUUCACAAAUGACUUGCUCGGCACACAUGGAAUACGUUUCAGUAAGGUCACAGCUUAACCCUGAAUGCUUGCUGCAUUUCUUUCAUAUCUUUAUGAUCAAGAUUAAAUACCUAUAAGAUAAUCCUUUUCUGCCACUGGCUUUUAUAAACACACGUGUCAUAACUGGCAGUCACCUGGCAGUGGGUUUCAAACCACAUAGUACUGUAAAGCAGAGUUCAGGUAUAUGGAGAUCUUUGAGAGGCUGAUUAGAGUGAAAUCAUUGAAAUAUAUGCACAUGAACAACUUCUGCACACACGCUGAGAAUCAGUAUGUACCACCCUCCUUCAUAAACAGUGGGAUAAAGGCUACUCUUGUGUUUUCAUUUUUUUCUGAGUGUGCAUGCUUGUAAAGCUAUUUCAGUGCACCAUGAAGUCGUUUCACUUUAAUAGGGAGACACACCAUGGGUCUGGAGUCUUUAUCCAAUCAGAGUUAGCCUUAGAUGUGAGCCAUAUGUAUGCAUGUUAUGUCUGCAUUAUUGAACAGCUACAUUUAGUUGAGCCAAUGUGUCAAAACAAUCUGCUUUAUUAUCUACAACAAGUGUAAUAGGUUUCACAUGAAUAAGCAGACUGAGAAUAAAAGUGUAUUACAUUUUGAAGAAACCCCUUAAAUAACAGCUCUACUAUCCCUCUUUGAUGGCACAAUGACUCAUGAAAGGAAGAAAAGCAGAUCCCCCCUCUCCAGACUUGAAGUCCUGUUAAUAACUGUGUAACCAAGAGUUGAGUGGGAGCGACACGUCCAUCAAGAAGCGUGCAGCGCUUUACACGGGUUGGCAGAAAUCUUAAAAGAAAGUGAACUCCUCUUGUCACUGGUGUUAGCUUGUUAUUAUCAGAAGCAACAUCAUGGUGGGGAAGAGAAAGAAUUCUUGCAUGAUGUGGUUUUUCAAUUUGAAAUUAGCUAUUAAUACCUCCCUAUAGAUGAAGGUGUGCUGCGCUGCACGUUGUUCCUAAAUCUGCUCCUGAGUGAGCGUGUGACUGAUUGUCUUGUCACCACCAGCUCACAAAUCUAUGUUUUAUUAUGUUUGUAAUAACUUUAUUUAAAAGUUAGGAUUUAACCACCUCUGUCGCACUGAAAUGUAAACACAAAGAGCCUUUAUCCUGCUGUGUGAUGAUGGCGGUGUGUGGAAAAUCCCCAGUGUUUGUUCAGGUUUUCAAGGUGUGUGUGAGCACAUUUACAUGUUGUCACCGGUAUCAGCCUCUCAAAGACAUUGAUUUUCCACAUACACACGCAUGCACAUACACACAACACACACACACACACACAAACAUACACACAUACACACAUACACAGACACAGGACGGUUACCCAUUGCCAUUCCUUUGACCAAUAAUAUUUGGGUGAACUUCUCCUGGUGAGCGAGGACCAAAUCCCUGUUUGGACUGCGUGCUAUGCACUGGACCCCCAGAAGGUUUAACUAUAUCAACAUGAUUUUGUACAGAAAUGUUGACAUUCGUGCCAUGUGACAGCGUUACUUCCUUCCUUCCUUCCUUCCUUUCCUUCCCGCUGCCUACAGUUUCUGACUUGUUGGUAAUAAAUGUUUCUCCCUAAGCAUUGUUUUAAUUCUCAUAUCCAGCAUUUCAGGUACGGAGCUAAGAGAGUGAAAUAUGAGUAGGAUUUUGGAUUUGAGUAUGUUAACAGUCCCUGUGCGCUCACUCUGAUUUAUAGUCCUGCUGCCUGAGCUCUUUAGAAAUGGAAAACUGACACGGUGAGUGAAUGGAUAGUGUGUUCUGCAAGAGAGGAAUGUGGUUUUAAAUACAGGGGGAGAAUAUUAUGCCAUGUAUUUAUUCAUUACUAUAGUCAAAUGUUUUUAACUGUAAAUGAAGGUGAAGCAAUACAAGUGUUCUAUUCAGAGUAAAAUGACAUUUGAAGGCUGAGAGUGGAUGUGUCCUUUUAUUGUGAAGAGUAAAUAGCGGCUGUAGAUGCGUGACAGUCAGUCGACUCUGAUCAAGGUUAUGAAGAACUGCAAGGCUUUCUUUACAUGUGUAAGUGUGAGGUGAAAGAACAGACUGUGAUUAGCUCUGUGUUAAAUAAACAGAAGAGCUGCUUCUAACAUCUCA